AUGAAGUUGUCAGCCUUUGUCAUCGGCGCACUCGCCUUCACGGUGUCUGCUCUACCCAGCAGCAGCAACAACGAGCGCCGCAGCUUCUCUUACCACUCCACUGUUUCGGACCCAGGAUUCUACGCCGUCUCGUUCCCGCCGGACUACCACGAGAAUCAGAUCCUCCAAUGGCUCUCACUCCCUACCAGUGACAAAACCUCAGCACUGGUAGCUAGAUUUCCGGCUGGGUUCUCCGUGACCCAGUCAGGCCCAGCCAAGAUUAAUGUAUACACACGCACCAGCGGCGGUAUCGGUACCUACGUUGGUACCGUCGGACCUCUGUCUGUGAAAAAUGGGCUGGUUACCAAGGCUGUGGAUGUGGUUGUUGCCACCUUCCCAGCCAAGGACAGCUUCACAUUCGAGUUUCAGGUCGACAGCGAAACGGAGAAUGCUAGCAUACAGUUCUUUGAGAAUGACAAAGCUGGCUUCUUCAUCAGAACAGGAUCUUCCUAG